AAAAAAAAGAAAAAAAAAAGAAAAAAAAAAAAGACGAGUGGAGGCGGCCAAAGUCUCCCAUCGCACCCCAGUAACUUCAGCUCUGUGGGGAACGUCGGCCACAUUUCGUGCGUGCUGCUGCGCAUGUUGCGCCAGCAUUGAUCGCCACUGUCGAGAGUUGCCAAACCAGAAGUCGCAUUUUAAUUUGCGAGGACCCCUGCCGAAUAAACAAGCACAGCGCGCGACCGCCAAAAGGAGCCUGCGCCCGCCCGCCCUUGCCUUUGCUCCCGCACACCCCCGAGGCUUCCAGCGACCCUCGAUCCGGUCAGGUCCCCCUCAGCUUCGUCCUCCCUCUCACAGGCAGCGAAGAGAUACGAGGACCGGACAACCGCUCGCGCGUCCCGUUGUGUUUGCUCACUGCGCCUUAUGACGCCAGCCGGUGGCCGUUUAGCAUUCCAGCCAAUCCAGCCGCCUCGUCACCACUGGCUGCGCCGACCGGCUAUUGAAGCCGCAAAGACAUCAUCACUCCAGCUGGUUGCGGGUCCUCCCAGCGUGGGAAUAAAACCUUAUGGACUCCCCCUUCGCGCCCAGCGCGGCCGCCCCGGCCUUCUCUCCCCCAGUCUCGCCAGGCACACCAGUACCCCAGCGACCACUCAGCGCCAUGGUCCGCCCGGCUCAGAGGAGCAAUAGCCGCACGAGCAACAACAACAGGUCCGGUGGUGGAAGCAGGGCGUCCGACGACGAUGCAAGAACCUCGGUCAGAGUCGCCGUCCGCAUCCGACCGCCGCUCAAGCCCAGCGAUCCCGGCUACGAUCUGAUCCCGCAGCGUUUCCAGCGGUCCAUGGUCCAAGUGACCUCCGACACAAGCCUGACCAUCGAUGCGCCUCAGGGCCGGAAGCUCUUCGUCUUCGACCGCGUGUUCGACUCCGAGGUUGACCAGGAGGGCGUGUUUGACUAUGUCAGCGACUGCGUCAACGCCUUCACUCAGGGCUACAAUGUCUCCCUGCUGGCAUAUGGCCAGUCCGGCGCCGGAAAGUCCUACACGAUGGGAACAUCUGGGCCGCUCGAGCAGGAUGAUUUGGAAAUGAUGGGCGUCAUUCCCCGCGCGGCCUUUGCGCUGUUCGAGAAGCUGGACGGGCAGGUUGCCAAGCCUGGAGGCGCAAAUAGGAGCUCAAUGUCGCACCUGAAGACGCCUGCUCGCUACUCGGCGCAGUCAACGCCCCGGUCAGAGAAGAACUGGUCACUCAAGGCGACUUACGUCGAGAUCUACAAUGAGCAGCUCCGGGAUCUCCUGUUGCCAGACACUGUCCCGGCCCAUGAGCGUACCGCGGUCACGAUCCGCGAGGACGUUAAGGGCAAUAUUUUGCUCACCGGGCUCCACCAAGUCGAGAUCAACUCGGUGGAAGACCUGAUGGCCGCGCUGAAUCUAGGAUCGGCAUUGCGACAAACCGAUGCGACGGCCAUCAACGCACGCUCGUCGCGGUCGCAUGCCGUCUUCUCGCUCAACCUGGUGCUCAAGAACAAGAAGAUGUCGUCACCGGCUGAGAAGCGCUUCUCGGUGCCUCUCGAGGCCAUGUCUGGCACGGAGUCGUGGGUGACGACGGACAGCAAGCUGCACUUUGUUGAUCUGGCCGGCAGCGAACGUCUCAAGAACACGGGGGCGCAGGGCGAGCGGGCGAGGGAGGGAAUCUCCAUCAACGCGGGACUUGCCGCCCUGGGCAAGGUCAUUUCGCAACUGUCCUCUCGCCAGCCCGGGUCGCACGUUUCGUACCGCGAUUCGAGGCUGACGAGGCUGCUGCAGGAUUCGCUGGGCGGCAACGCGAUCACGUACAUGAUCGCUUGUGUUACACCCGCAGAGUUCCAUCUGAGCGAGACGCUAAACACGGUUCAGUACGCUCAGAGGGCACGGGCGAUCCAGAGCAAGCCGAGGAUCCAGCAUGUCGAGGAAGGCGACAAGCAGGCCAUAAUCGACCGGCUCAAGGCGGAGGUGGCCUUCCUCCGUGACCAAAUCCGCAGCGCGGAACGUGGCGGCGCGGACAGACGCGCCCUUGCCUCUGGCGAGCGGUCUGAGCGACAGAGCGAGCGAGAGGCCGAGCUCCAGAAUCAGCUCCUGGACUUUCAGGAAAAUUACACUCACCUCAGCCAACGCCACGCUAAGCUGAUUACUGAGAUGGCCAAGGCUCGCGACAACGAGCAGGCCGAGAACCAGCAGCAGCUGGAAGAAAGCUUGGGGGACAGCGCCACCGCGAGGCUCAACCGCUCCAACAGUUUUGCCCAGGCCGUUGAGCAGGUGGUGCUCGAGUAUGAAAAGACUAUCCAGUCCCUCGAGCAGUCCCUCUCAAACACCCGCACCACCCUUGCCAACACCGAGACUAGCCUUCUCGAGAAGGAGACGAAGUGUGCAUACGUCGAGACCAUCAGCAAUCAGCUUCAGGCCAGACUCCAGAAACUCAUGGAUCGCGAGGCCAGCACCGAGACCUACCUGCAUGAGCUCGAGGCCAAGCUGGACGGCCACACCUCGGGCGAGGAGAAGAAUGCGGCUAUCCUUAUCGAGCUACGUAAGGAGAUCGCACGAGUUCGUGAGAGUGAGGCGACCGCCGAGGAGUACAUUUCAACCCUCGAGGAGCGCCUCGCCGAGGCUGACCAGGAUGCCGAGCUGAUGCAGCGUGAGAUCGACCGUCUCGAGCAAGUGGUCGAGCGCCAGCGGAGUCUCGGCAAGCUGGACUCGCUUUUGUACGAGCUCGACCACAUCCACCAGGACGGCAAAGAGAUCGACUCGGAGGCCGAGCUGGCCAACGGCGCCGCGGCGCACCGCCCCGGCAGCGGAAGCGGCAGCCGCUCGCGUUCGCUCUCCAACCACUCGCGCAGCCAAAGUCACGUCAGCCGCCUUAGCCAGAGGGAAGAGGCCAUCCCGGAGGAGGACGACAUGAUGGGGGAGUCGCUCGACAAGAUCCAUGAGAUGGAUGACGACAAGGCCGACACCACCAAGACUACUUUCAAGUCUGGCCUCUCGACGCCUCACCAUGACGACAAUGGCGAUUAUCCCACAAGUCCGGCUCAGUCUAGGUUUGUGGCUGACAAGCUCGAGACGGUGUCGCAGGAACUUAUUGAUCUGCGCGUGGAGCAUGACGUGACCGUGACCGACUUCGAGCUCCUUCAGGCCAAGUACGAGGAAGCCAUCAAGGUCAUUGCCGAACUUCAGGACUCGAUCGACGAGUCUCGCCAUCCUGAGCGGCCUCGUGAUUCGGUCAUGUCGCUUAGCUCUCCCCACACCCGACCCUCGUCGCUCUUCUCGGACCCCAGGUCGAGCAUGGCUAGGGACGGAAGGCACUACUCGACACCUCAGUCACUCUCGACCGAGUUGACCUCUGCUCUGGGAUCCCCAGCCGUUGACGGCUCCGACGUCGAGACUAUGAACCAGAGACAUCGCUCUGAUUCGGCCGCUUCCAUCACCCCUCCCGCUGCUGCCGCAUCUGCGGCCCCCGAGGACUCGACCGAGGCGAACGCCCGUCUAGUUGCCGAACUUGGUCGUCUCAAGACCCUCGCCACCGAGAAGGACUCUGCCGAAAGGGAACUAGCCGCCAAGUACGCGCAGCUGGAAGAGGAGCACAGCCAUACCCUCGACAUGGUGGAGGAGCUCCGGACCGAGGUCGCAAAGGCUCAGGCGGUUGAUACUAGCCUGCCCAGGACCGCGUCUCCCUUCAUCCGCCGCAAGUCCAGCCAGACAGUAAUGAUGGUCGACCGUGCUCACCGUUCGUUCGCGACGCUUCGCAACAUCGCCACCGAGAACCUUGAGCAGCAGCCGGAUAUCAUGCAGAGCUUCAACGUCAACCUUGAGGCUGCCAUGCACGAGCUCCACUCUCGGUCCGAGAGGAUACAGCAGCUCGAAGCCGAUAUCACGACAGCCAAGAAGGAGAUGGAGACUAAGAUGACCAUCAUCUCAGGAUUGACCCGUGAGCGGUCGAGCUUGAAGAGCUCGCCCAUGGAUAUUUCUGUCAUCUCAACGCUCAAGGACCAGUUGGAAAAGAACGAGAAGGAACGCAAGCAUAUGCAGGAGGCUCACUCGGAACGCGAGGCAGCGCUGCAGUCACAGCUGGACGCUCUGCGUUCCGAGGUGGAGGCGUCAAAGUCUACCCGAGGCUUGGCUGCUGCUGGGCACGAUGGCAAGAUCGAGGAGCUCCAGGCCGAGCUCUCACAGUGGGAAGAGAAGCACCAGAAGGCGCUUGAGACGAUGCAGGCUACCGAGCAGGAGAUGAAGAAGACUAUCGAGGAUCUCGAGAGCCAGCUGGCUGCCGUGUCGGCUUCGGCUCCGUCCACGGAUGAUGGAGAUAAGCAGCAAACCAUGGUUUCAAUGCUCCAAAACGAGAUUGAUGGGUACAAGGCCAUCAUCAACAGCAACGCUACCAAGGUCGCUGAGCUGGAGCAGGGCCACGCUACCACCAAGACGCUGCUCGAGGCGAUGUCCAAAUCCCGAGAGCUCUCCGAGUCGGAGCUUGAGAGCCACAAGGCCCUUGUGUCGCAACUCGAGCAGCAGUUAUCUCAGCACGAGCAGGCCGUCAAGGCGCAUCAGGAGGAGCUGGAUGCCAUGCAGAGCAGGCAGGCGGACGAGCUCGAGAACGUCAGGGCUACUUCUGCCAAGGAGCACGACGAGAUCGUCCAGCGGCUGCUGUCAGAGCACUCGGAGAACCUCCAGAUUCUGCAGGGCGAGCUGACCGAGGCUCGCGAGGACCUGAUGAAGGUUGCAACGCAGGUCGCCUAUGCGCUCGGCCUCGACGUUAGUGUUGAGGCGAUCACAGACCGCAUCAACAGCCUCAUCUCGGACCAAAAGGCUCUGGAGCGCGAGCAGCAGAGAUCUGCCGACCUCGAGAGCACGACGGCAGAGCUGUCGGGCAUCAAUGACACUGUCAUGCGCGAGCUGGAGGCAGUCGAGUCUACGCUCACUGACCUGCUGCUCACUCCGGGCGAGGCGUUCCGAAGCCCGUUCCCGUCGGUUCACGACCAGCUGUCGGCAGUGAGGAAGCGGAUGGCUGAGCUCGAGAACAGGAACAAGAAGAACUCGCGACUCGUCGAGGAGCUCGAGGACCAGCUCCAGUCAAACUUUGAUCAGGCGCAAAUCGCCACAAACCGCCUGUCGACACUGCAGACGGAGCAGCAGGUCAGGGUCGACGAGGCUAACGCAGCUCGCGUCAGGGUGCAGUCCGAGCUGGACACCAUCAAGGAGGAGUAUGCUGCUCUUCAGGCCAGGUUCGAAGGUGUGCUCCCCUCGGAUGUGCAGAGGUCAGACUCUCUCAACUCGAAUCUGCGAAAGAGCUCCUCCGUCGCGUCACUCCCGUCGCCGCCGCCAGCGAUUCCGCUGCCGCCACUGCCGGGUACCUCGGGUUCGCCACCCGGAGUUCCGGCGACGCCCACACAGGGUCGGCCGCCCAGCAAAGACCUGGCCAUGUCUCAGAUCCAGCAGGAUCAGGAGGCGCGCAUCAGGACGAUCGAGAAGCACCUGAGCGCGGAGAAGCAGCUUACGGCGACGCUCGAGGAGGCGCUGACGGACCUGGAGGAGCAGUCCAAGAAGGUCAAGUCGGACUGCGAGGCCUGGCGCAAGCGGUGCACGGAGCUGGAGGCGGAGAUGCGGGAGCUGCGGGACAAGCCGCAGCAAGACCCCAGGUGGAGCCUCCACGCGGUGGAGGAGGAGCGUCGCAAGCGGCGCGACGCGGAGCUGGCAAACCAGCGGCUCGAGGAGCGCAUGAACGCCAUCUCGAAGAAGAACAAGAAGAAGGGCAGCCUCAACUGCUUCUAGGCGCGUGCGGUUGCGCUGGCAGCCCUUAUCGCCCUUGUUUUGGCGCUGCUGGCGGCCGGCGCCAUCGUCAUGCUGCGGCCCGACAUGGUGCUGGCGGCUCUGCCUCGCAGCGCCGUGCCGCCAGAGCGGCCACACAGGCGGCGUGCUCUUCUCCUUUGUCCCUGGCGGGAGCUGCUUCUCGACCAACUUGGAGCAUGAGCUAGCUGGCUCCUUCUCUCUCGCCCCCCCCUACUUAUUCUGCUAUGACAUAUUCCCCUUACUUCUUUUUACUGAUUCAUCUUCACUUCGAUUCCCCCAAAUUAUGCCACCCCAUUUUUUCUUUCCUUUUUUUCACGUCAUGCCUCUUGCCGUAUUGUGUCUCUUACUUUCAUGUCGUCUCUUUGUGAUGGUCAGAUAUAUCCCCCCCAAGCUACGUACACUUUUAUAGGUUCAUACAAUGUGGCGAGGAGUUUUGGCUUUGCCUUUCUGCUCCCUGAAUUUGUUUCCAAAGACAUGGCUUGGUUCCACGACCGACUGACUGACUGAGCAUGUCUUGCUGGGUGCUCGCCGACGCGUUUCACGUCUUGUUUCUAGACUGGGGUCAGCCGUGCGAUGUUUUCAUGAUUGAUAUUGCGGACCUGUUGAUGCUAUUUUGUCAGAGCUCCCGCUCGAUUGAUUCUUUCCCUGUGGUUUUAUUUGACUCUUUGGCGCCGAAUCUGAUUUGCUUUGUUCUGCUUGUGUGGUGCCUUGUUGGGUGGUAGUCUGGAGUUUUCAGCACGGCCAUGGCUCGGCCACGGUCGUGUGUCUGUUGCAUUUCUUUUUCCCAUCUCGCGGUUCGAGGCGCAGGCAAGUGAGGGGGCCUUUGUGGUGGCACCGUCGAGUCUGGUGAAAAGUCGUUGGUGCAGAUGGGGGCCGGAAUGUGGAUGGUUUUUGCUUGGUGGUGUGGCGCGGUAAUGUCAGUUGAUGAGAGAGAAAUGGGGGAGAAAAAAAGAAAAAAAAAAAAAAAAACA